UUACUAACGACUCACUCACUAACUCCAAAAUGAAACCCGUUCUGUGACUGAAACAGAAUCAGAGUGCUCUGUCUUUUUCUUUCUCUCUCUUGUUUUGUCCCCUCCUUUUUACAGUUUCUUCAAUGGCGUCCAAGCCCGACUCCCAGAAGUUUCCCGACGCCGAGAAGGUCUCCAACGGCGACGCCUCCGACGAGCGUUGUCCCGUGGAGGAGGUGGCUCUGGUGGUGCCGGAGACAGACGACCCUUCCCUUCCGGUGAUGACUUUCAGGGCCUGGUUUCUGGGUAUCACUUCCUGCGUCCUCCUCAUCUUCCUCAACACAUUCUUCACCUUCCGUACUCAGCCCCUCACCAUCUCGGCCAUUCUCAUGCAAAUCGCCGUCCUCCCCAUCGGAAAGUUCAUGGCCUCUGUUCUUCCCACCACGGAAUAUAACUUGCUCGGCUGGAGAUUCAGCUUGAAUCCCGGGCCGUUCAACAUCAAAGAGCAUGUGAUUAUCACUAUCUUCGCUAACUGUGGUGUUUCCAUCGGAGGAGGCGAUGCUUACUCCAUUGGAGCCAUUACUGUCAUGAAAGCUUACUAUAAACAGACCCUCAGCUUCCUCUGUGCUCUUUUCAUCGUCUUGACCACCCAGGUGUUGGGGUAUGGCUGGGCUGGGAUUCUGAGGAGGUACCUGGUUGAUCCUGUAGAAAUGUGGUGGCCGUCAAAUCUUGCUCAAGUCUCUCUGUUUAGGGCACUCCAUGAAAAAGAGAACAAAUCAAAAGGCUUCACAAGGAUGCAGUUUUUCCUCAUAGCUAUGGGAGCUAGCUUUCUGUACUAUGCCCUCCCAGGCUAUCUCUUCACCAUCUUAACCUUUUUCUCCUGGGUCUGCUGGGCCUGGCCACACAACAUCACGGCCCAUCAAGUAGGUUCAGGCUACCAUGGGCUGGGCAUUGGGGCCUUCACAUUUGACUGGGCUGGGAUCUCUGCCUACCACGGCAGCCCUCUUGUCACUCCUUGGUCUUCCAUUGUUAAUGUGGGAAUAGGCUUCAUCAUGUUCAUCUACAUCAUUGUUCCUAUUUGUUACUGGAAAUUCAACACUUUUGAUGCUAGGAAAUUCCCAAUAUUCUCAAACCAGUUGUUCAAAUCUGAUGGACUCAAGUACGAUACCACAAAGAUCUUGACCCCUAAUUAUGAUCUCGAUAUCGAGGCUUACAAAAAAUAUGGCAAGCUCUACCUUAGUCCUCUAUUUGCACUGUCUAUCGGAUCCGGUUUUGCAAGAUUCACAGCAACUCUCACUCAUGUCGCACUCUUUCACGGCAGUGACAUAUUGAGACAAAGUAGGUCAGCAAUGGGUAAUGUGAAGGUGGAUGUGCAUGCGAGGCUGAUGAAAGCAUACAAACAAGUGCCUCAGUGGUGGUUCCUCGUAUUGCUGUUUGGCAGCAUUGUUCUGUCCCUUAUCAUGUCUUUUGUGUGGAAAAAGGAUGUCCAACUUCCUUGGUGGGGAAUGCUCUUUGCUUUUGGUUUGGCCUUCAUUGUCACCCUCCCUAUUGGUGUUAUUCAAGCCACCACCAACCAGCAACCAGGAUAUGACAUAAUAGCACAGUUCAUGAUUGGUUAUGUGCUGCCUGGGAAACCAAUUGCAAACUUGCUCUUCAAAAUCUAUGGAAGAAUCAGCACUGUUCAUGCUCUCGCUUUCUUGUCAGACCUCAAACUUGGACACUACAUGAAAAUCCCUCCACGCUCCAUGUAUGUUGCGCAGUUGGUGGGUACACUGGUUUCGGCGAUAGUGAACCUAGCAGUUGCAUGGUGGAUGUUAGAUGGCAUUCAAGAUAUUUGCAUGGACGACAAGGCUCAUCACGACAGUCCCUGGACAUGUCCCAAGUUCAGAGUCACCUUCGACGCCUCCGUCAUAUGGGGUCUCAUCGGACCCCGGCGGCUGUUUGGUCCCGGCGGCAUGUACCGUAACCUGGUCUGGCUAUUCCUCAUCGGAGCAGUCCUCCCUGUGCCCGUCUGGGUUCUCAGCAAAAUCUACCCCGACAAGAAAUGGAUUCCCCUCAUUAACAUCCCCGUCAUAUCAUAUGGUUUCGCCGGGAUGCCGCCGGCCACUCCCACCAACAUCGCCAGCUGGCUUCUCACCGGAAUGAUCUUCAACUUCUUCGUGUUCAAGUACCACAAACGGUGGUGGCAGAAGUACAACUACGUCCUGUCGGCGGCGCUGGACGCAGGCACGGCGUUCAUGGGGGUGCUCCUCUUCUUCGCCCUGCAAAACGCCGGCCAUAACUUAAAGUGGUGGGGCAGUGACGUCGAUCAUUGUCCUCUAGCUUCUUGUCCUACUGCUCCUGGAAUUAAAGUGGAAGGCUGUCCAGUUUUCUGAUAGCUUCCAUAGUGGGGAUGAGAGAAUCGGAUCCACCAUUAUCGGGUUCUACCAAAGUUAGAUUUUUAUGACUUAGCGUCGUGAGUGUGUGCUGGGAUUUGAUUAGAAAAUUUAAUAAGAUAGGAUCUUUUCAUUUUCGUCAUUAAGGAGAGUAGAUUACUGUGGGGGGUUAAAGUGGGUUAUGGUUUGAGAAUAGUGGGGGCUGGGGAGGGUAUAUAGCAUAUUGCCGUUUGCCGAGCAAUUCUGUAAAUGCGUGCUUCUAAUUUAUUUCACCUUUUGUGUCUUCCUU